CUCAGUGGGAGGGUUUUAUUCCAGCCUGCAGACUCAUUCGCGGCAGACACAUUCACCCCCGCCUGCACCUACAUAUAACUUUGCCAUGGCAUCUCCACUGAAGAGUCUGGUUCAUGAUGAUAGCAGGUACCAGAAAUCCUUCGAGCUUUUUCUGGAGCGCUCCUCUGAGCAUCAGUGUAUGCGGGACUUCAUCCACAAUCUGCUGCCAGAUAUACUGGCCAGCAUUGGAGAUGGAAAGUCCCAUCUAAAUGUCAUCGGAGUUGGAAGUGGAGCUGGGGAGAUUGACCUUGAGAUGCUCUCCGAGCUCCGUCUGAAGCACCCAGGGGUGACUGUGGAUAACGAGGUGGUGGAGCCCAGUGGCCAGCAGCUACAUAACUACAGAGUUCUGGUGUCACAGAAACCCGGUUUAGAUUACGUCAAAUUUAACUGGAACAAGAUGACUGCCUCUGAGUUUGAGGAGCACUGGAAAGUGAAAAAGAUGACUAAGAAAGCAGACUUCAUUCACAUGAUACAGAUGCUGUAUUAUGUGAAGGAUCCUGGAGCUACCAUCAGCUUCUUCCAGAGUCUCCUCGACAAGAAUGGGAAGCUUCUUAUCAUUCUAGUCUCUGGUGAGAGUGGAUGGGGAAAACUGUGGCGGACUUACAGGAACCAGCUCUGUAACACAGAAAUAAGUCAGUGUGUGACUACUGGAGACAUCAAAAGCUUCCUGGACUCCAAGGGAGUGAGCUACCAGAGCUACGAGCUGCCAUCUCAAAUGGAUAUCACCGAGUGUUUCACUGAGGGGGAUGAGAAGGGAGAGCUGCUGCUUGAUUUUCUCACUGAGGUGCUGGACUUCAGUAAGACAGCCUCACCUGAGCUGAGAACUGGUGUCUUGCAGUUACUUCGGCACCCAGACUGUAGUGUUGAGUCCAACGGCAAAGUUAUUUUUAACAACAACCUUGGAGUAAUAGUCAUAGAUCAGCUCACUUAAAAACAGGCUGUAAAUAUAGUGAAUGUGAAAUUUAGAUAAAUAACAUAGUUGUUAAAUUAGUGUUAAUGGGCUGAUACAAAUCCGCUUCCACACAACCUGAAACCUGAUCUCCAGGAGCCUUUUUUGAUUAUAUUGGUUUUAUAAGAGUAGUUAUAGGUGUAGAUACCAGUAUUGUUUGUUAAUUAUUUAUAUUCAUAUUUUUAUAUGUACAAAAUUAAAACAAUGUCUUGAUUGUAAUUUUCUUUCCUAAACCCAUUUUGUUUCUUUGUCAUGAGCCACCCAAACAAAAUGUAAUGAUCACAAUGUUAAUCAGAUUCAGAUAUCAGCUUCAGAUUCUACCAUCAUAUAAUUUUUAUGGGCUACAGCUGGCAGGCUGUGCUACCAACCACAUUACACUGCUGCUCUCAUUGGAUCCUAUUACUUUGGAGAUAUAAAAAGAAAUGGAAAAUUGAACAUUAAAUUUUCCAUGGAGAUCAAGCUGUUAAUUUUAGAUAAGCUGAACACUCCUGUCGGGGUGGCUUUUGUGUCUUUGUUUUUGAAUGUUGUACAUUGAAAUAGUUGCAGAUUACAUUUACAUCACAGAAACAUUAAAAACCUCCACCUGUU